AUGUGGAGGCUGAAGAUCGGCGAGGGCGGCGGGCCAUGGCUGCGGUCGGCGAAUAAAUUCAUCGGCAGGCAGGUAUGGGAGUUUGACCCCGACGCUGGGAGCCAGGAUGAGCUCGCUGAGAUUGAGAGACUGAGGAAGGAGUUCACAGAGAACCGUUACCAGAAGAAGGUGGCGCAGGAUCUCCUUUUGCGCAUGCAGUAUGCAAAACAAAACAAUGUUCAAGUGGAUGUUCCGGUCAUCAAACUUGCACAUAGUGCCGAAGUAACGGAAGAGACUAUAUUAGCAUCAAUGAGGCGAGCCCUUGCCCAAUAUUCUACUCUACAAGCACAUGAUGGUCACUGGCCUUGUGAUUAUAGUGGUGUCAUGUUCAUUAUGCCUAUUCUGGUAUUUGCACUAUAUGUCACUGGAUCACUCAAUACUGUUUUAUCAACAGAACAUCGAUAUGAGAUCUGUCGCUAUAUUUACAACCAUCAGAAUGAAGAUGGUGGUUGGGGCAUGCAAGUGUUAGGACCAAGCACCAUGUUUAGCUCAUGCUUAAACUAUGUUACCUUAAGACUUCUCGGGGAGGUGUGUACGCACGACGCUUUAACCAAAGGACAAGCAUGGAUUUUGUCUCAUGGAAGUGCAGCAGCAAUACCUCAAUGGGGAAAGAUUUGGCUCUCGGUGAUCGGUUUAUAUGACUGGAACGGGAAUAAUUCGAUCAUUCCUGAGUUGUGGCUUGUUCCAUAUUCUCUUCCAUUUCAUCCAGGACGUUUCUGGUGCUUCUGCCGGUUGAUAUAUAUGCCAAUGGCUUAUUUAUAUGGCAAGAAGUUUGUUGGGCCAAUUACACCAACCAUAUUGUCAAUAAGAGAGGAAAUCUAUAAAAUACCAUAUUAUGAGAUCGAUUGGAAUAAAGCUCGAGAUACUUGUGCUAAGGAAGACCUUCUCUACCCAAGGUCGUUCGUGCAAAACGUUAUUUGGACUUCUGUGACUAGAAUUGUGGAACCAUUGCUGAAUUUUUGGCCAGCUAAGAUGUUAAGAGAUACAGCACUGAAAAACAUCAUGAAACAUAUCCAUUAUGAAGAUGAAAGUACUAGGUACCUUUGUAUAUGCUCAGUAAACAAGGCACUAAAUAUGAUUUGUUGUUGGGUUGAAAAUCCAAAUUCGGAUGCAUUCAAGCAACACCUUCCAAGGAUCUAUGAUUAUUUAUGGCUUGCUGAAGAUGGCAUGAAGUUAAAGGUGUAUGAAGGCACACAAGCAUGGGAUACAGCUUUUAUUAUCAAAGCAUAUUGCUCGACUGACCUGGUUCAUGAGUUUUCUCCAACACUCCGGAAAGCUCAUGAGUUCAUAAAAAGUUUGCAGAUCCCUGAAAACCAACCCGACCAUGAAAAUCAUUACCGCCAUAGAUCAAAAGGUUCAUGGGCUCAUUCAACAUUAGACAAUGGAUGGUCUGUAUCUGAUUGUACAGCAGAAGCAAUUCAGGCAUUGUUGAUGUUAUCAAAGAUCUCUUCCAAUCUUGCGGGGGAUCCCAUAAAGGAAGAAAGAUUAUAUGAUGCUGUGGAUUGCUUGCUUUCUUUUAUGAACAAAGAUGGCACCUUUUCAACAUAUGAGUGUAAGAGAACUGCAUCUUUGUUGGAGGUUCUCAACCCUUCUGAGACUUUUCUGAACAUUGUUGUUGAUCACCCAUCUGUUGAAUGCACGUCAUCAGCAAUUCAAGCUCUUGUUAUGUUCAGAGAGUUGUAUCCGGGGUACCGUGAUGAAGAGAUUAAAAAAUGUAUUAAAGGAGCAUCCAAAUUUAUCGAGAGCAAACAACGAAAGGAUGGAACAUGGUUUGGCACUUGGGGUGUAUGUUUCACUUAUGGGACAUUUUUUGCAGUGCAAGGAUUAGUUGUUGCUGGAAGAACUUAUGAAAAUAGUUCUUCCAUUAGGAAAGCAUGUAGCUUUCUAUUGUCAAAGCAGCUAAGUACAGGUGGAUGGGGUGAGACUUACCCUUCUAAUGAAACUGAGGUCUAUGCAGAGGCCAGCAGUCCUCAUGCAGUGAAUACUGCUUGGGCAAUGUUGGCUUUAAUUUACGGUGGACAGGUUGAGCGAGAUCCAACACCACUGUAUGGUGCUGCAAAAGAACUGAUCAAUAUGCAACAAGAGUCAGGAGAGUUUCCCCAACAAGAACACAUUGGGAGCUUCAAUUGUUCCUUCUACUUCAACUAUGGAAACUACCGUAACCUGUUCCCAAUUUGGGCUCUUGGAGAGUUUCGGAGACGAAUUGUUGCAGAAAAGAAGAGGAACCAACAAGCAUGUUUGUUUUAG